AUGCGCCGGAUGAGAGGCGCCGCGCGCCAGUCGGAUUCCGUCGGCCGGGUUUUGUCGGGGGUGCGAAAUCGGCCACCCCCCGACAAAAGCUUUAAGCACGUCGCGGCGGCGCUCGCGAAGCCAUUAUCCCACGACCGCGCGCAGGAGGCGUUGGGCGGUCUCGGUCGCUUCGGCAGAUCUGUCGACUCCCCGAUUAACCGAGCGGAGGCCGUGAUGGCAAAGAGGCCGUCGCUGUCAAAACGAGAAACGAGUAUCGCCCGCACCCUCUGGGAGCUCGGGUCGGCGACCGCGCGGCAGGUUGUCGAGGCGCUGCCGGCGUCGGAUCGCAGCGACUUCUCGACGAUCCAGACCUACCUCGCCCGACUUGAGGCGAAGGGUUACGUCGCGUCGCGACUCGAAGGCCGGGUGAAGGUCUUCACCGCCAAGGUGAAGCCGAACCAAGUGAUCCGUGAGACCGUCGACGACUUCGUCAACCGCCUCUUCGGUGGUCAGUCGUUCUCGCUGAUGAAGCACCUGAUCGACGAAGGCCGCGUCAGCGGCGAAGAACUCAGCGAGCUACGCAAGCUGCUGGAAGAGAUGGAGGCCGAUGGCCUCGGCACGGACGACGCCAACCAGGGCUAA